AUGGCGUCUGAUACUUCCACCUGGUCGGCCGAGCGUGUCCGAGAGACAUUUUUCGAAUAUUUCAAGCAAAAUGGCCACACUUUUGUGCCCUCUUCUCCUGUUGUUCCCCUGUCUGAUCCGACUUUGCUUUUCACCAAUGCUGGAAUGAACCAGUUCAAGUCGAUCUUCCUGGGCACUGUGGAUCCCCAGUCAGACUUUGCAAAACUGCGCCGCGCUGUGAAUUCGCAAAAGGACCUCGACGAUGUGGGCAAGGACAGUUAUCACCAUACUUUUUUUGAGAUGCUUGGUAACUGGAGUUUUGGCGACUACUUCAAGAAAGAAGCCAUCACGUAUUCGUGGACACUUCUGACAAAGGUUUAUGGCCUGGACCCCGAUCGUCUCUACGUCACCUAUUUUGAAGGAAGUGAGGCAGGUGGCCUGGAACCGGAUCUUGAGGCGAAGGAACUAUGGAAGUCUGUGGGUGUCCCGGAAUCCCACAUCCUUCCUGGCAACAUGAAGGAUAAUUUCUGGGAAAUGGGCGACCAAGGCCCAUGUGGACCAUGCAGUGAGGUUCAUUACGAUCGAAUUGGUGGUCGUAAUGCUGCCCACCUAGUUAAUCAGGAUGAUCCAAAUGUGCUGGAAAUCUGGAACAACGUUUUCAUCCAAUACAACCGAGAGGCAGAUCGGUCUCUGCAAUCCCUUCCUAGCAAGCAUGUCGAUACAGGAAUGGGCUUCGAGCGACUAGUCUCGAUUCUUCAAGAUAAGUCCUCAAACUAUGAUACCGACGUCUUCACCCCGAUUUUCCAGGCCAUUCAGGAUGUUACCGGGGCUAGGGAGUACCGCGGACAUUUCGGAGCCGAAGAUACCGAUGGUAUUGACACUGCCUAUCGUGUAGUAGCUGACCACGUGAGGACCUUGAUGUUCUCAAUUUCUGAUGGUGUCAUACCCAACAACGAAGGCCGUGGAUACGUGAUUCGCCGAGUGUUGCGCAGAGGAGCCCGAUAUGCUCGCAAAUACUUCCAAGUGGACAUUGGAAAUUUCUUCUCCAAAUUGGUGCCGACGGUGGUGGCCCAACUCGGUGACAUGUUCCCGGAACUAAAGAGAAAGCAACAGGAUGUGAUGGAGAUUCUCGAUGAAGAGGAGCUGUCUUUCGCCAAAACACUGGAUAGAGGUGAACGUCAAUUUGAGCAGUACGCCCAGCAAGCCAAGGCAAAGGGCGACGAAAAGCUCCACGGUGCCGAUGUGUGGAGGCUAUAUGAUACCUUUGGCUUCCCGGUCGACCUGACUCAAAUCAUGGCCGAAGAACGCGGCCUUCUUAUUGACGACGUGGAGUUUGAAGAAGCACGCCUGAAAGCCAAGGAGGCUAGUAAGGGUCAGAAAAAGACUGCCGCGAAUACAGUCAAACUGGAUGUUCAUGACCUGGGGAAAUUGGAGAAGAUGGAUGACGUUCAGAAGACGGAGGAUUCAGCCAAGUUCGGACGAGGCAAUAUCACUGCUCACAUUAAAGCCAUCUACCAGGGGAAGACCUUCUACGAUAGUACCAAGUCCGCCCCUGAUGGAGAGCAGCUUGGGGUUAUUCUUGAUUGCACCAACUUCUAUGCUGAACAGGGUGGUCAGGAAAGUGAUACAGGCAAGAUUGUCAUUGAUGGACAGGCUGAGCUCGAAGUUGGCGAUGUUCAAGUGUACGCGGGCUACGUCCUUCACACCGGCUUCAUGAAAUACGGAACACUCUCUGUGGGUGAUGCUGUAAUCUGUGAAUACGAUGAGCUUCGUCGUUGGCCCAUCCGGAACAACCACACUGGCACUCACAUUUUAAACUUUGCUCUUCGGGAAAUCCUGGGAGAUGGAAUUGAACAAAAAGGGUCUCUUGUUGCAGCGGAAAAGCUUCGCUUUGAUUUCUCUCACAAGGCAGCCAUCUCGGACGCCGACUUGGAGAAAGUCGAGGCAAAAGCUACCGAAUAUAUUCGCCAAAACUGUGCCGUGUACUCCCAAGAGGUCUCUCUGGCGACGGCCCAGCAAAUCUCUGGCGUUAGAGCGGUCUUUGGAGAGACAUACCCCGAUCCGGUUCGUGUUGUCUCCGUCGGUGUUGAGCUGGAAGAGAUCUUGCGAAACGUCCAAGAUCCCCGAUGGCAAGAGGUGAGUAUUGAAUUUUGCGGUGGCACGCAUGUUCAGAAAACUGGUGAUAUCAAAGACCUGGUUAUUCUGGAAGAAAGUGGCAUUGCGAAGGGAAUCCGUCGUAUCAUCGCCGUGACUGGUGAGGAUGCUCACGAGGUUCAACGGGUCGCAGAGGAAUUCGGAAAACGUCUUGACCGAUUGGACUCGUUGCCGCUUGGCCCUGAGAAGGAACGGGACGCCAAGCAAGUACAGGUCGAUCUUAAUCAACUUGUGAUCUCUGCAGUCCAGAAGGCCAGAUUCCGGGAAAGGUUUAUUGCAAUCAAUAAGCUAGUUCUGGAUGGCCAGAAGGCCCAGCAAAAGCUAGAAGUCAAAAAGGCUGUGGAGGCAAUCACUGCUUAUUUCCAGUCGCCGGAAAAUGAGACUUCAUCGUGCCUCGUUGUCAAGCUUCCGAUGCCGGCAAGCGCGAAAGCAGUCAGUGAAUCUAUCAGCCACGUCAAGUCGAAAAUGCAAGGCAAGAACGUAUAUGUUUUGGCUGUUGACGCUGAACAAACACGAGUUGCUCACGGUUGCCACGUUUCUAAGGAACUCAGCAACCAGGGUGCCUCGGCAAAUGACUGGGCUGCCGUUGUCUCAGGUGCUCUAGGAGGUAAGGCUGGAGGUAAGGGAUCGACCUCUCUUGGUAAUGGGAUCAACACAGACAAGGUGGAUGAGGCUGUCGCAUUGGCUUCGGACUACUUAAGCAAAUUCAAACUCUAG